GUAUCCCAACAAGGUUGGCACAUACGAGCUUACUAAAAAUACGACAUCAAUUAAGAACAAAUUUGUCCUACUGGAGAUGAAAGUGUGCUACGGCAUCUUGUCGGUGUGGGUCGAAAUUUUAAAGGAUAUAAAAAGAAGAAGAAGAGAGAUUUAUAGAUUCUGCACGUGCAUGGGGACAUAAUUGUACUAACAAUCAAGAAAUAAUAAUAGGGAAGAAGCAAACGUGUUAUGCAGGAGAAGUCAUCCUUAAGAAAUCUAGUAUGUUUAGUAAACUCCACAUGACUCUUGUCUUUUCCAAAAGUAGCACUGAAUUCAAUUUUUUUGGCUUAAAAAAACAAGUCUAUUUUUGAAAGAAUAUUCUUCCUUGUGUUUGGAGCUCUUAAUAAAGAAUUCCAACCAAUCAAUCACAAGAGGAUGGGUGCCGACGCGGUGUGUUCCCUAUCUCUUCUCUCUUUGCUUUGAAAAAAAUAAUUGUAUACUAAAAAAUUAAAACAAACGAGGGAAACCGAAUGAUAUCGCUUAAGUUGAUGGCUAAAAUUGAUGCAUUCUGGAAGUUUUGAGAAAACAAUGGACUAAUAAUAACGAAAGUAAAACGUAUUGAAUUCUAGAUUUAUCGCAGCUCAUUUUGCUAGGCUCCGCAAGUUAACCAACCAUGCAAAAAUUAAUUUGACAGGCAAUCUCGACACAUAUUUGUGCGUGUUUUAUUUUUUAGUAUAAAAAGGAACUAGCAUUACGACCAUAACUGCAAAUUUUUUCUCUUUCUAUAACUCUCAUGGCAACUUUCUCAACAUAAAGUCUAAAUCUUACAAUUAACAUUUUUCAGCUUGGACAGAUAGCAAGGAACGAUAUGUAUUAGUACUGUGAAGUGUGAACCAAUUGGCUAAUAGCCUAAUACAACUGUAAUUUAGUUACCAAAAAGUCUAGGAACACGCCUCUAAAACACAAUUCUGUACACAAAAACUGUGUCUGGAACCGUUUGGUGUAUGUGAAUACAUGUGCAUCUAAUAGUUUCGAUACGGAUGUGUCCGGAGUUGGGUUUUAAAGUUGUAUUUGUAGUAUUGCUCGUUCGUUAGUUAUUGUGAACCCUCCCGCCGGCGGUGUAUUUAUUUCCCCUCUUCUACGGCGGGAAGACUAGCCGAGUUGACAAUUUACUACUCCGUAGUAGUACUAGUAUUUACCAUUGAUCCAUUGACCAUUCGUAACUAUACCGUGUAAUGGCUUCCACAAGGACAAAGCUGUAGUUUCAACAGAUCCGAAAGGGGUAUGUAGUAAUUUAACACUUGCCAUGAGUAUAUUUCACAUUCCUCAAUGCUGGUAAAAGUGUCUGCGGCUAACUUUUAUUAGAGCACAGCUCAUUUGCUCUGCUUGAAUGCUUGCAUAAAUACCCAGCAGUUUUUUUGGCGCUGAGAGACUGUUAUCUCUCUCUCUCUCUCUCUUGUACAAAGCAAAAGAGAAAAAAGAAAAGGAAGGAAAGAAAGAAGGCUCUGUUCGGGAGAUCACUCAUUGCAUUGGGGGGGAGAGAGAGAGAGAGAGAGAGAGAGAGAGAGAGAGAGAGAGAGAGAGAGAGAGAUGGAAGAGAAGAGGAGAUGGUGGGGUGUGAGAUUGUUGAUAUGCCUAACACUGGUGGUGUUCAAGUGCAUAAAUGGGGACGAUCCAUACAGGUUCUUUACGUGGAAUGUCACUUUUGGUGAUAUUUACCCUCUUGGUGUUAAACAACAGGGGAUAUUGAUUAACGGGCAGUUUCCGGGGCCAGCCAUCGAGUCGGUGACUAAUGACAAUUUGAUUGUCAGUGUCUUCAACAAUUUGGACCAGCCCUUUCUCCUCACUUGGAAUGGGGUGCAGCAGAGAAGGAACUCGUGGCAGGAUGGAGUGUAUGGCACCAACUGCCCCAUCCCACCGGGGCAGAACUUCACUUACAUCCUUCAAGUAAAGGAUCAGAUUGGUAGCUACUUCUACUUCCCCUCUCUUGCCUUCCACAGGGCUGCGGGAGGGUUCGGUGGCAUCAAAAUUUCUAGCCGUCCUUUGAUCCCCGUUCCCUUUGAUCCCCCUGCUGGAGAUUACACUGUACUAGCCGGUGACUGGUUCAAAAAAAAUCACACGGAUUUAAAAGCCAUUUUGGAUGGUGGAAAUGGUCUUCCCUUCCCUGAUGGUCUUCUGAUAAACGGUCGUGGAUCAAACGGCAACACAUUCACAGUUGAUCAGGGCAAGACCUACAGGUUCCGGAUAUCAAACGUCGGGCUGACUACUUCCAUUAACUUCAGAAUCCAGGGGCAUAAGAUGCUGCUAGUUGAGGUAGAAGGCACCCACACACUGCAGAAUACUUAUGAUUCCCUCGAUAUCCAUUUGGGACAGUCCUAUUCUGUAUUGGUUACUGCCGAUCAACCUGCACAAGACUACUUUAUUGUGGUCUCAACUCGUUUCACCUCUCAAGUGCUCACAGCCACAUCUAUCCUUCAUUACAGUAACUCUGGAGGAAGUGCUUCCGGCCCUCCCCCUGCUGGACCGACAAUUGAGGUUGAUUGGUCGCUUAACCAAGCACUGUCCAUUAGGCAAAAUCUAACAGCAAGUGGACCGAGGCCAAAUCCACAAGGCUCGUACCACUAUGGUAUGGUCAACACUACCCGCACAAUUAGACUUGCAAACUCAGCUCCAAUCAUCAACGGCAAGCAGAGAUAUGCUGUCAAUAGCGUGUCAUUCAUCCCAGCUGACACUCCUCUAAAACUCGCUGACUACUUCAAGAUUCCAGGUGUCUUCUCCCUGGGAAGCAUCUCAGACAACCCCACCGGAGGUGGUGGUUUUCUCCAGACUUCUGUCAUGGCAGCCAAUUUUCGAGCUUAUCUUGAGAUUGUGUUUGAGAAUACAGAAGGCACGGUGCAGUCAUGGCACAUUGAUGGCCACAUUUUGUUUGUUGUGGGAAUGAAUGGAGGACAAUGGUCAUCCGCCAGCAGAUCAAGCUACAACUUAAGGGACACAAUUUCUCGUUCCACGGUUCAGGUGUAUCCGAAUUCGUGGACUGCAGUUUACAUGCCUUUGGACAAUGUGGGAAUGUGGAACAUAAGAUCUGCGAACUGGGCUCGACAGUAUUUAGGUCAGCAAUUCUAUCUCCGCGUUUAUUCCCCUGUAAACUCAAUUAGAGAUGAGUACCCAAUCCCGACAAACGCUCUUGUCUGUGGUCGAGCAUUAGGCCGUAAGACUCGGCCUCAAGCUGGCUGGCAAUACAGGGCUGGAGUAGGUACUCGCUUAUAGAAUGUUACAAUCUGUAGAUUGUCACGAAAGGGUGACAUUCUCUGAUACUGCCACAGCUCUGCUUGAGCGCGUGUUUUCGCUCUUAUUUUUCAAUGCGUUAAGUUCUCUCAAGACUCAGAUCUGCGUUUUGCAGUACUUAGAUAGCAGAAAUUGUUCCAUGUUUUUCCCUGUAACCAAAUCAUAAUUCAUGAAUUCAAGUUUGUAAUGUUUCUAACCACC